AUGAUAUCGAAGGAGCAGUACUGUAACGAAAAAAAAAAUUUUCGCAGCAUCCAACACUGGCACAACAUGAGUGGCAACAACCCCUGUGGAAGCGGUGGUAGCAGUGCCAACAUGCGUGACGCCAUGCAUUAUGGCGACAUGAUGGAAGCGGACAACGCAGGUGGUAUGAAGGGCACGGCGCCACCCAACAGUUACAUGAACCAAGUAAAUAGUAGUAAGAACAUGGCGUCCCCCCUUUCUUACCUGAACAGUGCCAACAGCGUUAAUAUGGGCAAGGGUAUGCACUUCAAUCCCAUGUCCACUGGUGGCGGCGACGGGACCAUAAGUAUAACGAGCAGCCUACUAAGUAGUAAUGAGCAAAACAUACAGAUGAGGCAACAGAUGGGCAUGAAUAAAAAUUGUGGUGGUGCUUCUAACUCUGGUAGUGCAUCCGGAGGAGGAGCAGGGCUGCACGAGUCAUCGUAUCAGAAGCCCAUGUUAUCAACCUAUAACAUGAACAACAUGCAAAUGCAGUCGUCCAUGGGAGGUCACCACAUGGUUAAUGCGAAUCAAGCAGGUGGUGGUAAUGGUAGCAACCAAAUGGGAGGUAGAUACAAUAAUAUGAAUUAUCCUAUGCAGGACAUGAACCCUAAUGUUCAUAUGAACAGUGGAAAAGGUGGUGGUCCCCAUACAAAUACUGAAAUGAAGCAUAGUAGUAGUAGUAGUAGCAGUAGUAAGGAUCCCACUUUUUUGGGGUCAAAUAAUAUGAAACCGAACACCUUUGUGAAUAAUAUGUAUUAUCAGAGGAAUGACAUGAUGUUAAGGAACAGCUCUAAUAGCUACAAUAUGCAUGGGAACUAUUAUGGGUAUAUGAAUAAUGGGUUUUAUGGUGGCCCUGGGGCUCCUUCCAACUGUUUUAAACAGAAUGUCAACAUGAUGAAUAAUACACGGAACGGGGCAAGUAACAGCAGUGGUAGUAGUAACGGUGCUGCUGCUGGGGUUGGUGGUACCGGUGCAAACUACGUAGAUGGUAUGAAUUCAGUUAAUCAUGGAGAGGGUGGCCUGAGUGGUAAAAUGGGUGGUAAGGGCCCCACGGGUAUCAUUGAUAAAGCUGCUUCGUUAAAGUCUCUUCAUGGAAGUAGUAACACCAGCAGUAUGGGUAAUGCUGGUAGUGGUAUGAAUGUGAGUCCAUUAAAUAUAGGAAGUAGGGCUCUUAAUGGCAGUGGUAUGAACUGCGUUGGAGGAAGUAAUAACAGCAACAACAAUAACAGCGGUGGUAACAACAACCCCGGCGCGAAGAACAUGAACAAAGGGAGCACCGCUGGUGGAGGCGCAGGAGCCAUGAGCGUCGACUCCACAGGGAUGCCAAACAAUAUGAUGAUGAAUAUGGUUAACAAUAACGUUAUUAUGAAUAACAAGGUCAUGAAUAACAUGAUGAUGGGUAAUGGUGGUGCCGGUUCAGGUGGGGCAAAGAAUGUCCUUGGUGCAGGCGGUCUCCCAGGUAUGAACAUGGGUGGUAUGAAUAUGGGCGGUAUGAAUAUGGGUGGCAUGAGUUUGGGUGGCAUGGGAGGCAUGCACGGUAAAGGAAUGAAUGGCAUGCCGACCCACCGACCCAACAACGCGAUGGAGAAAGUCAAUUCUCUGGGUGAUGUGAAUGGCAUGAGAUACCACCAUCCCAUGGGGGGUGCAGGUGGUAACAUGUACAAUAAACUGGGAUUCAACAAUUUGAGUGAGUACCCAUAUGAUAAUUAUGCAGCUAACCACAUGGCUGCUAAGAGCGAGUGUGGCCCAAUGGGCAAGGACAACAAGGGAGCCCUUGGAGGAAAAAAUGCCAACAACCAUGGAAAAGGUAACAAAAAUAUAAAGGACGAAUUGUUAGAGAAGGAUGGCAGUAUGGGCAUGAUGAACAGCGCCUCUCUUCUUAGUGAGGGCAAAUCGACUAGGAAAGGGAAAGGAGCAGUAGCCUCUGGUUCGAUGGAGCAAUUCAGUGGUAUGAUGAGCACUGAUCAGCAGUCGGCAGGCACGUAUAAGAAGUACAGCAACAAAGGAGACAACCAAAUGGACGUAAAGGAUAAAAAAAUGGGUAGCAGUAACAACAACGGUAAUGUUGUUGGUGCAGGAGGAGUAGAACAAGGCAUGGGUACUGCAGGAGCCAGUCAUCCCUACAAUAUGUUUCCUAACUACAACAUAAAGUACCCAAUGAAUGUAGAGAUGUUUGGUAAUAUGGGCACCACCCCAUAUGGCAUGCCGAAUAAAGGAGGAGGCAAUUACCCUAAUAUGAAUAUGAUGAAUGGAAUGAGUGGAGCCAACGACAUGAAUAACGCAGGUGGAAAUGCUAACCCCGCUGGGGGAGGCAGUUCUUAUGGAGGGCUCAACACAAUGGGUAAUAUGAACAGCUACAAUAUGAUGGGCGCCUAUGGAGACAAUAGGUACAGUAACUUAAAGUCCAUGGAUCCGAUGAAGACAUUCAAUGAUGGGAUGGUUAUGGGCGGAGCAGCAGGUGCAGCAGCAGCAGGUGCUGGUGCAGCAGCCCACCAUGGAAAUAACAACCUUACCAAUAUGAUGGGCACGGGUAAUAUUGGCAACGUGGGUAACUACAACAGCUUGAACAAUUUUAUGCAUAAUCGGAAUUACCCUAAUGAUAUGAGCAUGCGAAUGCUCAGCAGUAGAGGCAUGAUGGGGGUGAACAACCCUGCGAACAUGUGUAACAAUCAGGGCACCAUGAUGAUGAUGGGUGCGGGAGGAGCAGCAGGAGUCGGUGCACCUGGGGCAACUGGAGUAGGCAUGCACGCUAACACAAGUAGUGCUGCCCGAUUUAAGAAUGAACAGGGGGAAGAUGAAGAGUACGAUGAUGAAGAAGAUGCAAAUGGUGGCUCGGCCUUAUAUGGAGGAAGUAAAUACAUAGGGGGCAAAAAUGCACAUGGAAAGCAAACGAAUAAAGCAAAAAAAUCGGAGACGCAAAAGAAAGAUAAGAAAAAAAAAAAAAAAAAAAAAAAAAAAAAAAAAAAAAACGCAAAUACCUCCCUUGAUACAGAUGAAGUUGAUGAUAAUGUGCAGAAUGUCAACACGUAUGUGAAAAAGUCCAAUACGAGGAGUAGUAGUAAGAAGUCCCAGCUGUAUGAUCCCGUGGAAGAUCGAUACAAUGAAAGGGCAAAACGGAAUGAGAAAAACGACAUUUUUGUUUCCCCGUAUGUGGGCGCAGUGGAAGGAAGAACCAAUUUGAGGGAGAGGAGGAAGGUAUACAAUUACGCUCAGAUGGACAGCUACUUUGAAACGGAUGAGGAGGAUAAAAAGGUGGACGAGGAAAAAAUGCUGCUCAGGCAGGAGAAGCAGAUCAUGGGAGGCAUUGACCGCGUGCUGCACCAUAGGAAGAUCGUCGACCACAAAAAUGUGAAUAAUAUAAAGAACAAUCCCUUCCUGUACAUCAACAAGGAGAAAGGCGCAGCUACCAAUGGAGCGGUUGCUGGUGGAGCGGCGGGCGAUGGAACGGCGGGCGAUGGCGCAGAUGGCAAGGCCGUGGCGGCGAACGACCACGAGGACCCAACCGUAGACGACUUUUACGAGGAGGAGGACAUUGAAGACGUAAGUCAAGUAGAAUUCCUAAUCAAGUGGAUUGGAAAAUCUCACAUCCACAACUUUUUCUGUACCUAUGAAUACUUAAGAAUUUUCAACGGACUGAAAAAGGUAGACAAUUAUAUAAAGAAAAUUAAACAGUCAUUUCAGAAGAGGAAGUACAUGACGGCUGAUGAAAUAGAGCAAGAGAAAAUUUACUCCGAGAUUAAGAAGCAAAUUGAGAUGGACGCCAUCAACGCGGAGAGGAUAGUAAGUCACAGAAUGUGUGAUAUAACCGGUGAGCAGUUAUUUCUUGUGAAAUGGAUGAGCUGCGCGUAUGACCAAUGUACAGAAGAGACUAAGCAGACUUUAAUAGAUCAUGGGUUCACAAAACUUAUUGAAGAAUAUUUUGACCGGGAAAGUAAAAUAUAUGGCAUGAAAGCUUUUUCAAGUGUUUGGAACAGGGGUCCUUUAACAGCUACCAAAUUCGACCCUUACAAUGAGACGCCAUUUUAUCUGAACGGGAAAAAGUUGAGGGCAUAUCAGUUGACUGGUCUCAAUUGGAUGGUCAGCAGAAUGAAACGAAGUUUAAGUGUGUUACUUGCAGACGAGAUGGGAUUAGGAAAAACGGUGCAGACCAUCGCAGUGGUUGGUCACAUGUUAUAUAAGGAGAAGUUAGUUGGGCCUUAUCUUGUAAUCGUUCCUCAAUCCACUGUUGAUAAUUGGUUGAAUGAAUUUAAGAGUUGGCUUCCCCAAGCAAAUGUCGUGUGCUACCAUGGAAAUGCUGUUAGUAGAGAGCUUAUAAGGACUCACGAAUUGAAAAAGGUUUACGUGGCUAAUAAGGGGUAUAGGUAUAAAUUUGAUGUGUGUAUUACGACCCCAUCCAUUUUGAAUAGCGUAAGCGAUUUGGAAUUGUUGAAGAAAAUGCCGUGGCAGUUAAUGGUGGUGGAUGAAGCUCAUCAGUUGAAGAAUAGACAAUCUAAGAGGUUCAUAGAAUUGAAGCAAUUUAUGGCUGAAUCGAAAUUACUCCUUAGUGGUACUCCCCUUCACAACAAUUUGGAGGAACUGUGGACCCUGCUUCACUUCCUGAACCCACAGCAGUAUACACAUUAUGAGAAUUUUCAAAAAAAAUAUAACGAAAUUGAAAACACUAGUUUAAUAGGGGAAGCGAAGCAGAAGCAGUUGAUGCAGUUGCAACACGAGUUGCAUGAAGUUAUUUUACGUAGGGUUAAAAAGGACGUGGAGAAAUCUUUACCUAACAAAGUGGAGCGAAUUCUGAGAGUAGAAUUAUCACCCAUCCAGAUUGAAUUUUACAAAAAUAUUUUAACAAAAAAUUAUGAACAGCUAGCUAAAGCAGAGGAGUAG